UAAUCAUUGAUUAAAUUUCUAAUCCCAUUUUCAUUUCCACCAUUCUUAAUUAAUUAAUUAUUUGACCACAAAUCUGCAACCAAAAGGGUCCUACCAUUUACACCCUCUUAUUUAUUUAUUUAUUUAAUAAAAUUCUGUUGUUUAAGCCCUUCCACAGUCUCUCUCAUGCAGCUACAUGUAAUCAAAGCAGUCUUCUUUACACUUAAAGAACAAAUCUUUUUUAUCAGUUGAUUACAAAUUUACAUGCUUUCAUGUUAAUCAAGAUCUGUUUUUUCCUUAAUUUCUUACACCACCUUCAGCCACCCACAUAGAAAGGUCUGAUGGAUGCAACACCAGUAAAAUGUCUUAUCAACAGUAUUUCUCGGUUAAUUCUUCUAGUUUCAUGCCAGACAAGGAAACAUACACCGAUUCAGAAGGAUUAUAAGAACAUGGUCACAGUUUUAAAGCAUUUGAAACCGGUGCUUGAUGAACUUGUUGACUAUAAAAUAUCCUCAGAUGAUAUCUUAUGUAAAGAAUGUGAAGAACUUGAUUUAGCUGUCAAUGGUGCUCGAGAAUUUAUGGAAAACUGGUGUCCAAAGAUGAGCAAGAUUUGUAGUGUCUGGCAGAGUGAAACCUUGUUUGCUAAAAUCAGGAUAACUUCCCUAAAGAUUUGCCACUUAUUAUCAAGAUUGUUGCAAUCUUGUCCAUCAACUUCAUGUUUGAGCGGUGUUCAGCACUGUAUGCAGGAGAUUGAAUCUCUGAAACAGGAAAUGUUAACAGAACAUAUAGAGGAGGCUAUAAGAAGCCAAAGAGAUGAUGUUAUUCCUUGCACUGACCACCUUAUCAAAAUUACUGAAUCACUAGGUUUGGCUGCAGAUCAGGAAAUUUUGAAAGAAAGUGUGGCUGUGGAGAAGGAGAGAAUGAAUAUUCAGAUCCACAAAGCAAAAGGAGACUUAGAUCAGAUCAACCAAAUUGUUGAUUUCAUCUCUGAUAUACGUAAUUGGUUGCUUAAAGUCGAACGUUUUGAACCAAAGAGUGGAGUCUUAAUCCCUUCCUACUUUCGUUGUCCUCUAUCAUUGGAACUCAUGUGGAAUCCUGUAAUUGUGGCUUCAGGUCAAACUUAUGAGAGGACUUCUAUUCAGAAAUGGCUCGAUCAUGGGUUGACCAUUUGCCCAAAGACCCGUCAAACUCUUGUACACACAAAUCUCAUUCCCAAUUACACUGUAAAAGCUAUGAUAUCAAGUUGGUGUGAGGAAAAUCAUAUAAGACGGUGCAGCGACUCUAAGCAAGCUAAUCCUACCUCAGACUCAAUCCCAUCAAAUCAGGCUUUACGGUGCUCGGAAAGUUUACAUUACUCUCAGCAGAGUAGCAAUUCUACUGCAACAUCUCUUGAAGUUGGAAACGGAUUUGAGAAGCUAAGGGUUGAUUCCAUGUCUAAAUUAGGUGGAGGGGAAUGUAACGGAUAUCAUGUCCUGCAAACUGAAAGCUUUGAGCGCCCAUCCCAUGAUCUGUCAUAUAAUCACAGCAGGAGCGAGUCAACCUCCAGUGCCUUAUCCAGCAUAGAGUAUGGUCCUUCAAUAUCAAUUGAAGUAUCAACAAUAUCCACAAAACAGGAAAAACAAAUCAGCUCGUCUGGAGAGAUCAUAUCUGAGGGCCACGCUAUUCUUCCGAAUAAAGAUUCAGGGUUUUCUCAAGGGUUGUAUGAAAACCAAUUUAACAAUCUUAAAACAAUAGCAGACGUUGAGGUCAAUGAAAACCAUAAACACCAAAGAAGCCUUGUCGUUCCCAAUGAUCUUACUACAACUUCUCAUGUCAAGAAUCUGAUUGAAGGUCUUAGAAGCCAAUCAAGUGAAGUGCAAAUGGAUGCCGCAGAAGAAUUACGGCUCCUUGCAAAGAACAAGAUGGAGAAUCGCAUCAUUAUUGGCCAAUGUGGAGCUGUUGAACCAUUGCUUUCACUACUGUACUCUGGAGUAAAGCUGACUCAAGAACAUGCUGUUACAGCCCUGUUAAACCUAUCAAUCAAUGAAGAGGUUAAGUCCUUGAUUGCCAAGGCAGGAGCAGUGGAUCCGCUUAUCCACGUUUUGAAAUCGGGUAAUGAUGGAGCCAAAGAAAAUUCUGCAGCAGCUCUGUUUAGUCUGUCUGUCUUAGAAGAAUACAAGGCAAAAAUUGGCCGUUCCGGUGCUAUCAAACCUUUGGUGGAUCUUUUAGCCUCUGGAACUGUAAGAGGGAAAAAGGAUGCUGCUACUGCAUUGUUCAACCUUUCAAUCCUCCAUGAAAAUAAGGCUCGAAUAAUUCAAGCCGGAGCUGUGAAGUUUCUUGUUGAGUUGCUGGAUCCUGCCACUGGAAUGGUUGAUAAGGCAGUUGCUCUUCUUGCAAACCUGUCGACUAUUGGGGAAGGGCGUUUGGCAAUUGUGCAUGCCGGUGGCAUCCCUUUGCUGGUAGAGAUUGUGGAAUCAGGAUCUCAUAGGGGUAAAGAAAACGCUUCUUCUGUAUUGCUGCAACUGUGCCUUAAUAGUCCAAAGUUUUGUACUCUUGUUUUGCAAGAAGGAGCAGUUCCUCCCCUUGUUGCAUUAUCCCAAUCCGGCACACUCAGAGCAAAGGAAAAGGCACAGCAGCUUCUCGGUCAUUUCCGUAACCAGCGGGAAGGGUCUAUGGGAAAGGGUAAAACAUGAAAAUAUAUCAAAUUUUGUUCUAUUUCCUAAAAUUAUGUUUGCUCUUCUUCAGGGAGUUCGGGUGCUUAGUUUCAACAUAAUUUUACAUUUUAGCUAUAAUUGUUUGUUGUGCUGUCUUUGAUCUUGUUUAUCUUUGAUUUUAUUUUUCCUGAAGUAGGAAUUAGCAUGCUCAUUAGACUUAGUUUUCCUAAAGGUUGUGUGUAGUCAGUAGGGAUUUAUUCUUCUUUUUUGGUGUCUUAGAAUAGAGGAAUUCAAAACUACUUGGAGCCUGAGUGAUGUACAUAUCGUGUAUAUACUAGCAAUCUGCUAUACAAUAAAACAAAUGAAUGUCGAUGGUUUUUCUUGCAUUAA